AUGUCAGGCUCAGUCAACAGAUCCAACAGCUUCCAAAAAGCAGAUAGCAUGGAUGCCAAGGAAACUUCCACAGUCGACCGAAAGUGGGUUGCCCUAACGGCGUACCAACCCGUGGACGUCGUCACCAAAACGGUUGAAGUUCCCGUUAUCAAAACGGUAGAAAAAUUUGUCCCAAAAACAAUCAUUCAAGAGAAAAUCAUCCACGUGCCUAAGAAUGUCACCCACAUUGUAGAAAAAAUCGUAGAGGUACCAGAAGUUAAGUAUAUAGAAAAAAUUGUUGAAGUGCCACACAUUCACUACAAGAAUAAGUACGUGCCCAAAAUUGAAGUUGUAGAGAAGGUUGUGGAGAGACAGAAAAUUAUCGAAAAAUGGCAUGACAAAAUUGUGGAAGUACCUCAAAUUAAGGAAGUCGUCAGAUUUAAAGAAAUUGAAGAUGCUGAGGAAGUUAUAAAAUACAUUCCAAGAAACUCAAAAAAUAUUAACUGGGAAGAGGAGUACCAGAAGUACACGCAACGAAAGGGACAAGAGAGAUACAGCUUGGAUAACAACGCCUAUCAGCAGAAGAUGAGCUCCUACAAUGACUAUAAUGAGAAGGCGUACUCGCAAAAUGCCUACAGCAGAAGUCUAGAUUUUAUGAACAAGCAAUCUUCCAGCCUAAAUAAUCAGAGCAAUAUCAGGAGCGAAGAUUUUUCCCAAAUUAAUUUCUUCAACCAGUACAUCGGAAGUGCCGGGGCAAGUUACGACAAGCAGAGAAACAGCGUCCCCACCUCCAGCUUCGACGCGCGCGGCAGCUUGCAGUUGAAGAGAAUGCCCUCCGAGGAGGCCAAGCCCGUCGGCUGCUGCACCUCCGCCUGCACUAAGGGUCAAGACAAUUCUGCAGAUAUCCAGCACAGUGGCG